AACCACUCUUUCAUCUUCUAAGCAUCAAACCCAAAAUGGAAAAACAAAACAAACCCAAUUCACAACAACAAUGGAGACCCGACCCUUUUCACUCCAACAACAACAACACCAUCAUGAAACAACCCGAAACACCUCGUGAUCCAAUGGAAUUCUUGUCUCGUUCAUGGAGUGCUUCCGCCAUGGAAGUUUCCAAAGCUCUCUCACCAGCUCAACUCCCUCCCUCAAACAAACUCUCAAACGGUUCUUCAAAUGCUGCUAUACUUGAAGAUUUUGCCGGCGAAAUUGAUGAGUCUAAUGUUACUUUUUCUGGCAACCCUUUUUCUUUUGCUUCCUCUGAAACCUCUCAAAUGGUUUUAGAUCGUAUCAUGUCACACUCACAAGAGGUAUCUCCAAGAACCUCAGGAAGAUUAUCACAUAGCAGUGGGCCUUUGAAUGGAUCUCUAACAGAUAGCCCACCAGUUUCACCUUCUGAAAUGGAUGAUUUCAAGUAUAACCGUUCGAGCAACAACCACAACAACAACAGCAGCAUCAUUGCCAGCUUGAAUAAUCAAUACAGAGUUUCCGGUACCGGCGGUGGAGGUGGCGGCGGAAAGACGGUGGGGAGGUGGUUGAAGGAGAGGAAGGAGAAGAAAAAGGAAGAAACAAGGGCCCACAAUGCUCAACUUCAUGCGGCGGUUUCGGUUGCUGGUGUUGCGGCCGCCGUUGCUGCCAUCGCCGCUGCAACGGCUGCUUCUUCAGGUGCUCGUAAAGAUGAGCACAUGGCGAAGACAGACAUGGCAGUAGCGUCGGCAGCGACGUUGGUUGCGGCUCAGUGUGUUGAGGCUGCCGAGGCUAUGGGGGCUGAACGCGAUCAUCUUGCCUCGGUGGUUUCCUCCGCCGUGAACGUGAGGUCUGCCGGUGAUAUCAUGACGUUGACGGCUGCUGCGGCAACGGCUUUGCGUGGGGCUGCAACAUUGAAAGCAAGGGCCCUUAAAGAAGUUUGGAACAUCGCAGCUGUAAUUCCUGUCGAAAAGAAUUUGUUAGGUAAUGGUAAUGGAAAUGUUAAUGGCGGUGGGGGUAGCGGCAGUAAUGGCAGCUCCAAUAGUAGCUUCAGCGGCGAACUUGCACCAGAAGACAAUUUCUUAGGCAUUUGCAGUAGAGAAUUGCUAGCCAGAGGUUGCGAGCUUCUCAAACGCACACGUACAGGUGAACUCCAUUGGAAAAUUGUGUCAGUUUAUAUAAACAGAACAAACCAGGUUAUGCUCAAGAUGAAGAGUAGACAUGUUGCUGGGACCAUCACAAAAAAGAAAAAGAAUGUUGUACUGGGAGUUAUCAAAGAUAUGCCAGCUUGGUCGGGGCGUCAUUUGCUAGAAGGUGGUGAGAAUCGUCGUUACUUUGGUUUGAAAACGAUAAUGCGCGGCAUUGUGGAGUUUGAGUGCCGAAAUCAAAGAGAAUAUGAUGUGUGGACACAAGGUGUUUCAAGGCUUCUAUCAAUAUCUGCUGAAAGGAACAACAAAAACAGAACAUGUUAAUCAACUAUGAGCAUGUUAUUGGUCUUUUGAUAUAUGGUGGGGUUUUGAUCCAUUUGUAAAAAGGGUAAAUUAAAGUCUUAGUUAUUUUAUUUAUUAUGCUAGAAGAUAGGGGUGAGUCUCUUUAAUCUUAGGGGACUUAAAUUAGUAGUAUUUUUUUUUUGAAUGGGAAAGUAAAGUAAUGUGAACUAAAGUGAAAAAUAUGAAGCUUAGUUGUUAUUUUAUGCUUUCAUUGAUAUGGAAAGAAAAGAGUAUCUUGGACUUGGCAGUCAAAAGGAAAAAGAGAAAGAGUCACAUUUUAGUGUUAGUGUGUGUGAUGUAAAAGAAAAAGACAAGCUGAAUUUUUUUGUGCUUUUGUUUAUCAAUAUGAGCUUUUUUUUUAUUGGA